AUGAGCGAAGCCGUGAACGGAUCGAAAGAGAGAGAGAUUUCCAAAGGCUUGGGCUUCCAUACUUUGAAUUCACUGGUUGGAUUUUUGGAGUCUGCGAAAGAGCCAGGUUCGCAUAAUGUUAAUGACAAAAAAAUGGGAAGUGCUAAUGGAAAAGAGAAAACUACUAGGAAGCGAAAUAAAGCUUGUAUAAGAUGCAGAAACCAAAAACUAAAAUGCCAAUUCACUGUUAACUCCAAUCUAUUGGCCUGCGAUCGGUGUCAAUCUCAAGGAGAAGUGUGUAAGUUUGAAACUAAAGUUGACGAUAAAGAGUGGAAAAAACAGGCGGAGGUAAGAAUGGAAAAAAUUGAAAAUCUCGUUUCAAGUUUAAUGUCCUCUUUUGCUGAUUUUCAAAAUGAGCAAAGAAACUUUAAAUCUGGUGAUACUAUUCCGGUUUCCAAAGAUCAAAAGUCUUAUCCCCUUCAUCCUUCUUCCGUCGAGAAGAACAAAAAAAGACGAAUAGGACAUUUUCAAGAUUUAGACUUAGCUAGGAAUGCAUUCCCCUCAGAGAAUGAAAUAUCCAUCAGUAAGUCUAUUCUAGAUGAAAAAGCUUCGUUGGAUGACGCGCAAAGUAUCAGAUCGUCCCUUACGUCAGAUCACCAAGACACUCAAAAAGGAGUUCUAUUCUCAGAUAAUUUUGAUAGCAACGGGCCAAAUUUACUUCCAAAUCAGUUUCAGUCUCCCGAUUCUUACGAACCGAUGGACUUGCUGCAAGUUUUUUACGAUGAUAAGAGGAUGGAUAAAUGCUUUUCAUUUUUUUGCACACGACUUGCUAAAUAUCUUCCCAUAUUCAUAUUUAAUUACAUUCCUCAUUUGACGCCGGAUAUAAGAAAAAAGUCUUCUUUAUUGUUCACCUCGAUUGUUGCUAUAUCAUCUUUGUUCCAUCCAAAGUAUCAACCAUAUCAUCAAUCGCUGCGCAAAGAGCUAGAGCUGCUCUUAUCUAGUCUUUCGCCGUCCACUUUGAUGAAUGAUGACGGGCUUCCUUAUGAUUUAGAUAGAAUUACAUAUGACAUGUUGGGAUGCAUUAUUGCAGCAGCUUGGCUUGGAGGUGAUUUGGGGUUUCGCUGCUGUCUUAUUGCGAGUGACUUAGCGGGAAGACUAAAUCCUGAGGUGCUAGAUGGAAUGCAUGUUAAGGAGCAUCAAAGACGAGCUAUAUUCGCUUUUAGCUUAACUAGCUAUAUUAUCGAGCGAAGGUUAAGAAUUUCAUAUGUGAGACCAUACCCUAUGCAUUUGAAGAAUGAUAAAUCUGUCAAAAGAGAUUAUUCUUUGCCCAGGUAUUUAAGUGAAAUCUUUGCUCAUAAUGAAAACAAUGUUGACUCAACAGAGUUGAAAUUGAAUGCUAAUGUGGAACUUUGCGCAAUUACAAUGAUAUUACAGACCGAAUUAGGUAGCAGAAUGGACAUAACGGCGGAGAGUAUACUAAGCUGGAGUAUAAAGUUGGAUAAGUGGCUAGCUGAUUGGAUCGGAAGAUUGACGACGCAUUUAAAUCCUUCUUCUGCAAAACCUUUACUCUUGACGUAUCACUUUGCAAAACUUUUUCUUCAUAUACAGGCCCUAAACCACAUAAACCCUGAGGAAUUCCUGAGUAUGAACAAAAAAACGGGCUUUAUCAGUUGGUCAGAAAUCGCUGCUACCGAUAUCAUAGAGAUGUUAAUAUAUGACGAAGAUAUUAGGAGACUUAUAAGCUUGGGUCCGGUUUUUUAUCCGACAAUCUUUGUGACCGCUGCUGCAACGCUUUUGAAAAUUGUGACCCUCAGACCAUAUACGAGCUACGAAAUUGAUGAGGAAUAUUUGAUGGGGACUGCGGAAAAGGCCUAUAAUGUAUUAUGUGAAUGUAUUCCAUUUUCGAUUUUGCCUUGCUAUGAAACCGUCCAUAAUUUAGGCAAUGGGAUUAAGAGGGUAAAAGAGCGAUUAUCAACUAAAAACUUGCAAGUCAAUACAAUGACUACUGGGGAGUCAUCAGAGGAAAGAAAUCACAUAAAAAUACUGCAAUUGUCUCCAAACAAUAUAUUAAAUCAAAAUGAUCACCAUUCAUCGAUAUUAAAAGAAAAUAAAAAUAGCAUUGACUCCAAUGCCGCAGUUCUAGAGCUGUCUCAAAAACCAAGGUUUCAAAGUCUAGCGGAAGAUGAUGUUACUAUCACUCUGGAUGCGCUUUUUUUUGAUUCGAAAAAUGACUCGUGGCCAUUCCUCGCGAGCUCGAACCGUCGUGGCUUAAGUUCUACUGGUCCAAGAGACUCGAAAUUUCCUCAGGAUAUUCAGCAAAAUAGACCAGAAAUUUCAGAUUAUCGUGAGCUUUGGGAGACUGAACUAAUUGAUGAUCCUAUGUUUUUUAUGGACGCUUUUAAUACCGAAUUAUUAAAAUCUUUGUACGAGUCACCUCCUCAUGACUGA